AUACCUAUGUACACAUACAUAUAUGUAUGUAAUUGCAUAUUUCACAUUUUACAGUGGUUUUUACAAACUAAUUUACAUUGAAACGCUAAUUCGUUAUAAUUUAUAAUCGUUAUCAAAAAUAGUGCAUGCAAUCAUCUUACGAUAGAAAUUUUCAUUCGACAAAUAUUUGAAUACGUGUGUGUAUGUAUGAACAUUCAUGUAAAUAGUUACAUUUGCGCAUAGGUGAAAUAUAUAUAAAAAAUGUAUAGAUCGCAUUAGCUGCAAUGUUUAUUCCAUUACAACGCCUUCGAAACGCAACAACGGGUUGAAUGUGCCGCGCCAUCCACGAAUUUAGUUAUUAAAAAAUAUACAUAUAUUUAUAACUGGCUCAGGAGCUGUUUCGAAAAAAAAAAAUGUUUACAUUUGGCGCGAAAAAAUAUUUGCCAUUGCUGUGCUUGCUUUUGUGUGCACUUUGCGGAUUUUUCACCGAUGCCGUUGCGAAACCGACGAUCGCCUUCAACCUGCCACAAAGUUUUCAGGGAUUUCCAUCAUUCGCCUCUUUUACUCAGCAAUACUUCGAAAGUCGCAAUUUGCGGCAGAUGAAAACGUAUAGCGGAAAACGGCUAACUAAUGAGUCGUUAAUAAUGAUUUACUAUCACGACUCCACCAUUGCGGUUACCGAGUUAGGACCAGAGAAACUGUUGUUGGGUUGCGAAUUGAUAGAGAUUUACAAUGAAAAGGAUGGUAAAGCUCUGCUCGAAGGACUUUCCAAAUACAAUCGGCCGCUGCGAAUAACUUUCGAUGAAAUGUUGAAGUUAAUGAACCAAUGUGAACGUGUCGAUAAACUUACGUACGCCUCACGGAAUCGAGCCAAAGCCAUAGAUGUCAAUACGAAUAACGAUAGCUCAGCAAAUAAUAAUAAUAAUGGUGUUACCAAUUUGGCAGCAAAUAUAUUUCCGAAAAGUCCAUUUUCAUUGUUGAGCGGCAUAAUACCGGGCACAAAAUGGUGCGGCACUGGCGACAUUGCGGAAACCUAUAGUGACCAUAGGAGCGUUCUCGUCGCCACAUGA